AUGAGCAUAGAAGAUGUUAUGAAUGAAGCCUUAAAGGUGGGGUAUUAGAUUGAUGAAAAAACAGUAAAACAUAAUAUGGAUUAUUUUAAACACAGUUUAAACAUGUGUGCUUGUUCAAUUUGUUAAUGUGGAAAUUGUUAAUGCAAGAAUCCAAGAUUUUAAUUGGCAACAUCUUAUAGAAAAAGAUCUUUAACUCCAAAAAUAAGUGUAAGGGAUACUCCAAUAACAGUAAGUCGUAGUUUUUAUGAGACAUUUGAGAAUUCUUAUAGGCAGAUGUAAGGACUGCCAAAUUAGUUUGUUACAAGCAAUCAGAGAUAAUAUCGAGGAAUAAGUUUAAAUGGAACUCCUGCUAGAUCAUAUAAUUCUAAAGUGGUCUAUAAUUCAUCAUUUGAAGGUAGCACUAGAUAUUAGGAGUUCUUUGCAGAUAAGCCUAAAUAGAUGAAUGUGCUAUUUAAGAGACCAUAUGAAAGACAUACAGGACCUGUAAAAAUAAGACAUCUAGAGACUUAGAAUUAGAAAGUUUAUUAAAGAAUAAAAUUAGAACCAUAAAAUGCAGUUGCUUAAUAAAAUUAGAUGGAUUAAGUAUUAAAAGUGUAUAUAAAAUAAUAAAAUCCUAGAAAUUUAUCAAUUCCAAUGAAUACGAUGUAUUAAUCAUCUUUUAGAGAAAUGAGUGAUUUAAUUUAAUCAGUAGAUAGAUAAGAAUGUAAAAAGAGAAAACAAGAGGAUCUCCAAUGCAUAAAUCAAAUAAAUUUGCCUUUUUAAGCAAAGACAGUUACUAGCCAAUAGUAUAGAUGUUAACCUCUAUUUGUGUGUCCAGCAAAAUUAUAAAAAUAUUAAUGAAUACUUAUAAUUUUAAUCAAGAGUAAAUCAAGUAAUUCAAAGAGCUCUUUG